UUUGCAGUCAGCUGCGUUUUAUUCAUUCAUCCACCUGAUCUGCUGGCUGGAGCUACCGGGUUAUCGUUUAACUCAGUGCAGGUGAUCUAAUUGCGUGUCUUUAGGUGUUUUCUUUUUUGUUGUUGUUGUUGUAAGGAAUCAUCUAAAGAGUAAUAGAAAUAGAGAGAGAGAGAUGGGCUGCGCCGGAUUCACCUGCUCCAAGAAUUCCCUCUGCGCCCUUAACAUCCUCUAUGUGAUGGUGAGCAUGUUGAUGAUCGGCAUCGCUGCCUGGGGAAAGUGGUUCGGCCUGGUCUCGAGUUUCCAGGUGGUGGGCGGCAUUAUCGGCAUCGGGGUCUUUCUGUUCCUCGUCGCUUUGGCUGGACUCAUCGGUGCCAUAAAGCACCACCAAGUUCUUCUCUUCUUUUACAUGAUUAUCCUCUUCCUGGUGUUCGUGGUCCAGUUCUCGGUGUCCAGCGCGUGCCUGGCCAUUAACAAAGAGCAGCAGAAUGAGCUGUUGGAGGUGGGCUGGAACAACUCGAAGACUACACAAAAGGAUGUAGAGAAGAGCCUGAACUGCUGUGGAUUUUCUCACAUGGAAGUCAACAGCACCUGUCCUGCUGCAUGUUUUCUUCAUUCCACAUGUGAUACGUGUGCGGCGAAGAUCCUUGAGCACGUCGGCGAGGUGCUGCGCAUCGUUGGUGGGAUCGGCCUUUUCUUCAGCUUCACUGAGAUCCUGGGGGUGUGGCUAACCUACAGAUACAGGAACCAGAAGGAUCCACGGGCUAACCCAAGCGCCUUCCUGUAAACCCCAGCCUGGACACCAGGGCGACUUCCUGUCCUCCUCUAACCACUGGACUUCUUACUAGAGCUCUGUACGACACCAAAAGUGUGUGUGUUUGCUUUUCUCUGAAGCAGGGAUCAGUGCUCGUUCUCGCUGCUGCCUGUGUUGAUCAUUUCGAAAGCGUGCGGUGAUGUGAUUUUUUCUUUUUUUUUUUUUUUUUUUUAGAGUUUUGAAUGGCGCUACCACUACAGUACCUUUUUUUUAAAUGGAGAAAACACUACUUUUGUUAAAUAGUUAAGGGCUAAAAGUGAUUGUCAUAAGUACUGUCUAAAAAAAAAAACAAAAGAUCUUGGCCAUGUGAAAGUAUACAAAAAAAACCACACAAAGGCUACUGAUAAUGAAUGCAAUAAAUGAAUCAAGGUUUUCUAAUGUACAUUUUCAUUAUUCUUCUGCAUGACCGAAACAAACAAAAAAAAAAUAAAGCUUAUUAAUUGGAAUAUUAAGAUCGGUGCAUGGGCUUUAAUCAUUAUCCAUGCUAUGCAAUAUGAAUCUGACAGCCUGUUGACUGGACAUAGUGUAGCUCUGGAACUGAUCAUAUCGAAUCAUUAAAGUGUGUGUAUUCAUGUGUGUUUUUUUUUUUUGACGUUGUGCAUGAACAUCUCACUACUGUAUAGUGUGCAUCCAUAUAUUACGGUUCUGUGAACUAUGCCUUUAUCCAUCCUGACAUCUAUGAACACUUUAAAUAAAGGGCCGAUAAUCCUC